CUCCACACUCAAAGUGACCCUUGUAUUUUGAUGUGAUUUCUAGCGCUUUGGGAGUUCCAUACCAAGAUGAAGCAAUACAGCCGUCCAGGCACUGCAGCUUCAGUUGCGCACACAUGCCUCUAAUCUGAUCAUCUUUGAUCAGUCGCUGUAGUACCUGUUCAAUGCUAUAGGAACCAGAGCGCUGAUUAUCAACUUCCAUUGACAAAACCGUGCGGAUAGGCUAACCUGUGCAGAUGUUCGGUUGUAGGUAUUACUAAAGAUUAAACGAUCACCGCCAGUAUAAAGUAAAUAAUUUUGUUGUCCCAAGAUAGCAAAAAAACCGUUGAACCGCACAAGAGGACCACUGGAUGAGCUUCGACAUCUUUUUUUCCCUUGCACUUGCCUAAGAUGUCGUCGGUUUCAUUUCUCGUCGACGAUAAAUCUCCUUUGAUACACUAUGAUUCUACCUGGGCUCCGGGAAACUCUGGGGAUGACCCUUUAGCAGACCAAUACUUCCGCGGGACCUUCCAGACAUCGAACGUAACAUCAAGCGUUGCCACAUUCUCCUUCAACGGCACGGCCUUCUGGAUAUAUGGUGCUAAAAGAUCGAAUCAUGGUACAUACACCGUGGCGGUCGACGGCGCAAGUUACGCGGGAAACACUGGUCAAUCGAAUGUCAAUUUAUUUCAACAAGUGCUCUUCAACCAAAGUGGCUUGGCACAAGGGUCACAUACGGUAUCGAUUACAAACACUGCCACUGGGAACCUCUACGUUGAUAUCGACAUGGUGGUCUGGCAGACUGAAUUUAGCGGGACCCAGCUAGUAACAGAGAUGGUCGAUGACGCGGACCCCAGAUUUGAGUAUCAGCAGCCAGAGUGGAAUACGAACCCCACCAGUGUAAACCUGUUCAAUAAUGGGACUGGGCACUCCACGAGUGUUAGUGAUGCCAGUGUGACCUUGACAUUCACAGCCGAAUCUGUCAGCAUAUUUGGCACUGUGGGCCCUGGCAACGGUCUGUAUACUGUCUCUCUCGACUCUCAACAACCCACCCAGUACAAUGCCACCGCAUAUUUGACUUUCUAUGAAGUGAUGCUUUAUCAUGCAGACAAUCUCGGGUCUGGUCAGCACAAGGUGACCCUCGUCAACCUUCCUGAAACAAACGGACAGACACUCAAUAUAGACUAUGCACUGCUUACAUCAAGUUCCAAUUCCUCUAGUUCAAGCUCCAGUCCGUCAGGAAGUCCAUCUAGUUCCGGCGGUUCGUCAGGAACUUCAAGCGUCAAUGCGGUUUCAACUUCAACAAGUUUAGGUUCCGGGGCUAUUGCAGGUAUUGUCGUGGCUCUCGGUGUGGCUCUCUGUGCAUCGGCAGCUGCGUUCUUCUUUUAUCGGCGAUGGAAAUCGGCACAGGCAGCGUCGCAGGACUUGUAUCGGAUUCGUACACCCCAACAUCCCCCGGGAAAUGCUAAUAUGGGUGCUUCUUCCUCAGUGGAGACAAGAAGUAAUGCAAGUCUUGUCCACCAAGACACUUUGUCCCGAGGCACUUCAUGGCAGUCAUAUCAACAGGCAGAAUACGAUUCUCAGAGUUCGCCUCGUACUACAAAUAGACUACAUAUCCCUAGCUCUAGCAUGCCCACGGUAGACGAAGUCGUAGUGAGCUCGACAACACAAUAUCCGGUUGACGAGUUGGGAAGUUCACGCCGCCCUCUACCUGAAGCUCCAGGUACUCGGCAAAAUAUAUUCCAGCUGCCAGUGCCCGACGAUUCAAUGGGCAUCUCAAAAACUACGCCAGUGCAGCGACGCGCAUCAAUGCAAAGUGCUUCUACAACCAUCAGGGACAACCCACCCCCUCCUGAUUACAUUCAAGCUACCAGGUGAUUUACCCAGGUCUUUUUAGUGUUUACCAAUACAUGCACCGCAUGCUUUCACGCUGACUACGCCAGUCGUAAUUAUUAUACCCGAGAUCUAGACAGUAGUUGCGCAAUUCUUACUUAUUCACGAUCACUACUAGAUUACAGUCUUACGCAACUUAUUUUCGUACCGGACCCGGUGCGUGUGAUGUCUGCAAGUCCUGGAUCUUCUUGAUUGCAGGCUCACUUUAUGUAGAAAGAUAUCAAUUGUUAUAUGUUACCUAUAUAUUGGUUCAGUUAUCUGAGGGUCAAGAUUGAAAGCAUAGGAUAGGUUAGGAUACCUACUUUACAUAUAUUUAUCCUGUCAUCAGUACACGACAUCAAUUAGAUUUAUGUGACUGGCAAGCAAAA